AUGGCAGACGGGUUGUGCUCGGGUGAACCUUUUGCCGAUGUUAUGGAAAAAACUGCAGAGCAUGACAUUGACAAUGCCUUAGUUUGUGAGAAAAUUGACAGUGUGGAUGGUGGAGCUUGUGAAAAUGUGAAAAACUUCUACAUGGCAAGUGAGAGUGCUAAGUUAUUCGAUAAGUUGUAUGUUAAAUCUGGACAUGAGGGAUUUCUAUGUGAAGAAGACUGCAGGAAGAAGAGAUGCGUCGACAGAUAUGACAGCUCGGAAUCUUCAGAUAGGGAACAGUACAAAUCAGUUUUAGGGGGGUCUGCCGUCCUAGUAGAAACUAUAAAAGAAAUAAGCAUCCAAAGCGUGAUCUAA